CCCUUGGUCACAUUCUUACCAAGGAAAGAAGAAAAAAAGUAGAGUCACAAUAAAGAGUUCCAAACUCCACACCUGCACAAAGGAAGAGAGAGAGAGAGAGAGAGAGAGAGAGAGAGAGAGAGCUCUUUGAUUUCCAUAGAAAUGGGCAAUAGUUUAAGGUGUUGUUUGGCUUGUGUUCUUCCUUGUGGUGCCCUAGACUUGAUCCGUAUAGUUCAUUUGAAUGGCUACGUGGAAGAAAUAACAGGUCCAAUCACAGCUGCUGAGGUCCUUAAAGCAAACCCUAAUCAUGUUCUUAGCAAACCUUCUUCUCAAGGUGUUGUCCGUAAAAUCUUGAUUCUUUCGCCGGAAUCCGAGCUCAAAAGAGGCAGCAUAUAUUUCUUGAUCCCAUCUUCUUCAUUGCCUGGUGACAAGAAAAAAAGUGGUAAUAAUUGUGGCCACCAGAUGAAAUCCUCGUCAAAGAAGAGCAAAAGAUACUGUAACAAUAAAGAUGCACGAGAUUGUGAUCGUUACUUAACCGAUAUAGUCUCCGAAAAGAAAUCCUCUCGUCGUGAUCGACGGACCGGUCGUGUCGGAGUAUGGCGGCCUCAUUUACAAAGCAUCUCCGAGGACUAAGAAGUUUUUUCCGGUGCCGGAUUUUGACGUUCUCCAGAGUAGAUAAAGGGGUACAAUUAUUUGCAACUGGGACGUUUUUUUUUCAAUGUACGUGGGGUUAUACUGGUUUUCUUCUUUUCUUUUCUUGUAUAAAUUUUAUAUUUUAAUUUUCUUUUUUCACUCUGCCUAUAAUAGUGGCAGAUUGAGAUUUUCAAUAUUCAUCGGAUCGUGAUCCAUUUUCUUC